UACCUCCCGACGGUGUGACGUGCGCGUGAGUGCCUUUACCUUGUAUAGUGGCAGUGUAUUAGACAAUGUUUAAUAUAAACUAAGGAUGACGGACUACGAGCGUAUCAAGGCAAGUUGCCUUCAACGGCGUGAAUUGUGGGAAGAUCCAGACUUCCCAGCCGUUCAGCCUUCUGUAUUCUACCAUCAAGUCCCGCCUUUCACCUUUGAAUGGAAACGAGCUAAAGAAUUGUAUGCGAACCCCAAGUUUAUUCUCGACAGCAGCGAUACUUUCGACGUUGUGACCGGCAGACUUGGAGACAAAUGGCUGCUUUCAUGUGUUGGAGUGUUAUAUCUGUGCAAAGGACUUUUUUAUCGAGUCGUACCCGCUGACCAAAGAAUAGACUCCAACUAUGCUGGCGUUUUUCGAUUUCGUCUAUGGUGGUGCGGCCAGUGGGUAGAGGUUCUAGUAGAUGAUAGAUUACCUACGGUGCACGGCAAGCUGGCAUUUAUGCAUUGCAGUAAUUCCGAACAGCUCUGGCCGGCCCUACUAGAAAAAGCUUAUGCAAAAAUGCACGGGUCAUACGAGGCACUUAAAUACGGCAACCUUUUGGACGGCUUGGCGGAUCUUACAGGAGGCAUCACGGAAUCCCUUAACAUUACGGACCUGACUGACGCCGCUGCUCUUAACAAUCUCAUGAAAACCACAAGCGUUGUCACAGCAUAUAGAUUACCAAACGCGGUUACGCAUUCAGUCAAAAGCAUAGAAUCGGGAAUGAAUUACAGACUUUACAAUAUGGAAAGGAUAGAAACUAUUGAUGGACCAGUAUAUUUAGUGAGAUUAGCAAGACCAUUAGCACCCGGAGACACGCAUAUAACACAUUUUAUUUUAGAUCAUGCAAGUUGGAGUUCGAUUCCAGUCCACGAACGUGAACGGCUAACGUCAACGACUAAAGGCUUCUGGAUGUUGUACAACGACUUCACAUCAAUGUUCUCACGGGUAGAAAUGGUGCAUUUGGACGUGGAGACGAGUAAAGCUGAAGCUACUUUGAGUGACAAACAGAAGUGGCAAGUGAAGAGUCAUCAAGGCCGCUGGAAGAAAGGCGUUACCGCAGGCGGUUGUAGAAAUCACGUUAAUUUAUUUCAUAUGAAUCCGCAAAUACAGAUCGUACUCAGCGACCCAGACACCGUUAUCAUAUCGCUCAACCAACACAGCAUAAUGGAACCAAAAGUUAUAGGGUUCAGCAUUUAUAAAAUCCCCAAAUCCUUAACCGAGACAGCUUCUCCCCUUUUCUUCAAAAAAACUAAAAGUUCCAUCAACUCGCAAUACACGAAUAGUCGACAGGUUAGCGAAAGAUGUAACUUAGACGCGGGCGCCUACUUGGUGAUACCGACUACCUUUGAACCGAGGCAGGAAGCUAACUUUUCAUUACGAGUGUAUUCAAUAAAACAACUUAAAAUGAGAGUAUUGGAUUUCACUCCUCAAAUGUUAAAGGCUGCCGUGCUAAAGGCGCCUCCCGGUGUAGAGUCGACUAGUUUCGCUCAGUACGAAUCGCAAUUCCUCCAGUUGGCAGAUGAACACAAGACUAUCAAUGCCUUCGAACUGCAAGAGUUGCUUGAAAGAUGUUUACCCAAUGAUUACAUCAAAAGCUGUGCCACUAUUGAAACGUGCAGACAGAUAGUCCUGUCAAUGGAAAAAGAUGGUUCUGGCCGCAUAACUCUAUCCGACUUCAAGGAUCUCAUCUGUAGCCUAAAACAUUGGCAGGUGGUGUUCCGGGCUCAUGCACCGGAAAAAAUGAGUGUGCUCAGAAUCGAAAGAUUUCGCGACAUAUUGCGCGACGUCGGGUUUGUGAUACCGGAGCGCGCCUUGUCUCUUCUCGUUCUCAAGUAUAUGAGAAAAGACGGAAUGCUUCGAUUUGGGGAUUUUGUCUCAGCAGUUGUACUUCUUCAUAGAGCUUUCCAUAUGUUCUACAGUAACUGCUCUACGAGUACUUACACAGUUAAUUUAACUUUUGCUGAGUGGCUGAAGUCGGCUUUGACAUGCUGAUGCUAGGUUAAAAUUAUUUAUUUAACAUAUAGUUGAUGUAUGUGUAUAUAAAUAUUUAAUAAGUAAUUACGAAACGAUAUUUUUCUUAUUUAAGAUCAGAAUGGAAACAUUUUAAGUAGAAUAUUUUUGUGUUUAAAUGUUACAUCGUUAUCUAACCUUUAUAUGGUAUUGAUAAAAAUCUACUGAAAUAUUUGAUACAAUGUAAUGCAAUGAUAAAUUUUUAAAACCAAUAUGUUUAUAUUCUUACCUAGAUGUCACAACUGUAUAAGCACAAAUAAAAAAAAAAAAACCGUUUUUUUUGUGUGGCGCUGGUCGCUCACGCGCAAUCGUCUACGCCAUUUUGAUGUAUAAAUAAGUCCUUUACUGGUUCCCUACAAUUAUUAUAAAUUUGAAUUUAUUUCAUUAAAUAAUCGCGGAUAAUAUGGAGUAACGUAUAUAUCCGGAAUAUUAAUUGCUCCCGAAUAAUUCCUUUGAAUCUUAGUAGAUUUUUUUUUCAAGAUGUCAGAGCGUAAUCGUAACUUGUUUUAAUGUGACAAUCAAUUUAUUUAAACCUUUACAUGAGACGAUUGGAUGCACUUGAAUAGUAUAGCGCUCCCUAUAAAUUCUUAUGUUUACAGAAUAAUUUCUUAGGUAUCCCUUUAUUAUCUUUACAUUUAGUAAAUCGCUUAUGACGUUCCCCUUUAUAUGAACUUUUAAAUAUAGGUCAUAUAAAAAUACAUAAUGACAUACAUACACAAAAUAAUAUUGUUAGUUCGUAGUUUAUGUUUUCAUAAGUACUGCAUGACUUUAUAACUUAAACUAUGCUGCGAUCUCCCUUUAAAAUGAAUCGUUAUUUAGGUUUAGACGAAUAUUUUAUAGUUUAAAAUCUUAUUAUUAAUUGUAAAUAAUGUUUUUGUAUUUUUUUUUUAUUAAAGU